GUCUCCUGUUCUCCGGCCGCGGGAGGCUGUGGAGGGACGGCGGCGGCGGCGGCGGGUCUCGAGCUGUCACGUUCCCGCCCACGGGCGGGCUCCGGGGCUCCCCAGGGGGCCCGCGGGGCGCAGGCAGGGGGCGGGGGGCGGCGGGCAGAGCGCGCGGGCCGGCAUGGAGGGACUGGUCCUGCUCAACGCCCUGGCCACUCGGCUGCUGUUCGUGCUGCACUCUCUGGUCGGGGUCUGGCGAGUGACCGAGGUGAAGAAGGAGCCGCGGUACUGGCUGCUCGCGCUGCUCAACCUCUUGCUCUUCCUGGAGACUGGGCUCACCCUCAAGUUCAAGCGCGGCAGAGGCUACAAAUGGUUUUCACCAGCCAUAUUUUUAUAUCUGAUUAGCAUUGUUCCAUCAUUAUGGCUUCUUGAAAUGCAUGAUGAGACCCAGUAUUGCAGUAGCCAAUCUGAAGGAACGUCACAAAAUACCAGCAACAAAGAAAACUUCAAUCAAACUCUGAUAUCAAGUGAACAAGCCAAUGGAGCAGAUGAUCUCAUUAAGACGGCCAGAGUUUUUGUAAAUAACUUAUCUACAGUAUGUGAGAAAGUUUGGACUUUGGGACUCCAUCAGACAUUCUUGUUAAUGCUCAUAAUUGGAAGAUGGCUUCUACCCAUUGGAGGAGGGAUCACUCGGGACCAACUCUCUCAACUUCUCCUUAUGUUUGUGGGGACAGCUGCUGACAUACUGGAAUUCACAAGUGAGACCCUGGAAGAACAAAAUGUGAGGAAUAGUCCUGCCCUCGUCUAUGCCAUCCUUGUUAUAUGGACCUGGAGCAUGCUGCAAUUUCCACUUGACCUGGCAGUGCAGCAUGUCGUCUGCCCCUUGUCGGUGGCAAUGAGGGGCUUCCCCAGCUUCUUCUUCUGCCAGUAUAGCGCCGAUCUGUGGAACAUUGGAAUCAGCAUCUUCAUACAAGACGGCCCCUUCCUCGUCGUGCGUCUCAUACUGAUGACCUACUACAAAGUGAUAAACCAGAUGCUGGUGUUCUUCGCCGCCAAGAACUUCCUGGUGGUGGUGCUGCAGCUGUACCGCCUGGCGGUGCUGGCGAUGGACGUGCGCGCUUCCCUCCUCCGCCUGCCCGGAAGCCUGAAGGCGCGGCAGCGCUGCCCCUGCGAGGCCGGAGACCCGGAGACGGACUUGAAAAGGGACUUGGGGGUCCCGCUGCAGGCCUUGCCAGUCCCCCCCGAGGACGCUCCGUCCACCCCGUAGCUCCUUACCGACAGACAGCAGCCGGCAGCUGGAACGUUUGACUUUCCGGUCCUCCGUACGGACAGAAAUCUCCUCUCUCUCCCUCUUUUUUUAACGUUGGCAUAUAAUAAUUUUCAAAAGAACAACAUAAAAAGUGAUCUUAAACCAAAGCUGAGGAAUCUUCUUUUUUCAACGGAACGGAAAGAACUUUGAUUUAGUGGCUCUCGCGACAACUUCUGUGCGACGGUAUCAGAUGUUCUAGUUGUUCAACGACUAAGUGAUUUGUUUGUCUUGAACUGUUUGAAAAGCUAUGGACGGGGUGAGAGUGACAUGCCCUCAAAAGAUUUAGUGCAGACAAACUGUCACGGCUGUUACCUGAAAAUAGAGAAGCUUUGAACUUUGGCUCCAUUGUCAGACUUUCUCAUCUGAUCUUUUCUGCAAUGGCCCUGACAUCAAAAAAUGUACAUUCAGUGAAUGCAGAACAAAUGAAGGGAAAAGUGCUUUUAAAAUUACCUCACUGUGAGCUGGAAGCAGUGAAAAUCUCUGCCCAGCUUCCAGCAUUGAGAGCCCUCUCCAUCGCUGCACAGACCUUCCCAGGAAAAUCAUUUUUCUGGGCUGAUGUGGUAUUCUGUCAUGGCACAUAUGCUCUUACAGAAAUUUUAUUGCUUUUGGCUUGGGCGCUGCAAAAUUCACAGCAAGCCAUUUGGGUUGUGAGGCAGGAAAUACUGGUAAUGCUAACAAAGUCACAAUUUCCACUCUGAAACAUGCUUUGCAGUAUUCGUCAGUAUUUUUCUUAACUCUACGUUACCAUUUUCUGUAUUGCCAAGUCCAAUUACGUGGGCUGAUGCAAGGAAGCACUGAGCAGGGAGUAAAGUGGUUUCAGGCCCUUUAAGUGUUACCAUAGUUUCUGGAGUAGGCCAGCGCUAGAUGAACCACCUCUGAACCGCCACUACUGGGGCCCCAGUGGGCCUUUGGGCUCCGGGAAGGUGCUGGGGAUGGAGGCUUGCAUCAGCCCGACCCGCAGCCAACAGCCCUUGACCGGUGACCGGGCGCAGAAGACCCCAUGGCAUCGUGGAAAUCAGGAAAUUCGCUUUUCUUCCCUGCAUUAAGACCUCACGUCCCAGGUGUUGAAAUAGCCGCACUUUCCCCUUACACACCUCUGUACUUUCCAGAUGGAGGUCAUUCAGAACAUUUUUAAAUGAUUUUUGCUUUGAGAGAUACAGAGUGAAAAUGUACCUGACUGUAUAACAGUGGUUACAUUUGAGGCAAGCAGUUCCAAAACUGUUCUUUUAGGGUUCAGAGCAUAAUUCCUCCAUGUCAUUAUGCUGAGGAAUUCAAAGGGACAUGAAAGAUAAGACAGAGUAUGGCCUUGGGGCGCCUGGGUGGCUCAGCGGUUAAAGCGUCUGCCUUCGGCUCAGGGCGUGAUCCCGGCGUUGUGGGAUCGAGGCCCCACGUCAGGCUCCUCUGCUAUGAGCCUGCUUCUUUCUCUCCCACUCCCCCUGUUUGUGUUCCCUCUCUCACUGGCUGUCUCUAUCUCUGUCGAAUAAAUAAAAAAUCUUUAAAAAAAAAAAAAGACAGAGUAUGGCCUUAAAUUGGAUGUGACCAUUCGACAACCAAUCGAGACAAUUUUAUCUGUAAAUCUGUGUGACAGGCUAUCUGUUCCAAAUACUUGAUUCAAAGUUUCAGAGGCAAAUUCUAUUCUUAUACAGAGAAAUUAAUAUUUUCCACUCCAUGCCUUUUAAAGUGCCUGAUAGCAUGUUUCUGUUUCUUCCUUUUCUUCCUUGUGUUUCUAAUUUUAAGAAUAUGAUGAUUGUAAAAUUACACACGAGACAAGUGGAAUACAUUUAUAAUUUUCAUAAUAAUUUUUGAACGCUAAGAUCAGGAAAUUAUAUUUAUAUAAAGUAAAGAACUUGACAACUUUUAAGGGCAUGUUAUUUAAAAUGCUUAGCAAUUGGAAGCAAAAUAAUAAGUGCUACUAUUUAUAAAAACGCCUCAGCAGAAUCUGUUUUUCUGUUGACUAUUUUAUGUUGAAUGUUUUCUUCCACAACAUGUAUGUGCUGCUUAUUAUUGCAGAUUUGCUCAUGGCAUACUUUUCGUGUUUUAAUUUUUUUCUUCCAGCAAAACAAACAUUGAGCAUCUAAAAAUAGAUAAACUAUAAAGUAGUACGGCUGUUGCAAGGAUAUUUUUAAACGUUUUCAAAUCUGAGACUUGGCUUGGCUUCGUGAAUGAGUUCCUAGUGUUUCAGUAAAGUAUUUUGUAAUUAGCACUCCUCCAAAGUCCUAGGAAAUGGGAAGUCCAGAGUCUGGUUUUACUUAGCGUUCUAGGAAGGCAAAGAGCAGGGAGGACCAUCUCAGCAAUGAAUGGUGGCAGAAAUAGACACACACUCGACAGGGUUUUCCAGGAAAAUCUGUGAAGGGCAGCAUUCGUUAACCUAACUGCUGAUACCUCUACUUUCUAGGACUGACUAUUUUUAUAGCAGAAAAAAAAAAAAUCUGUAGUCAUUUAGUUUAUUUAAAAACAAAACCUAAAUCCAGGUUGUAUCUCUAGGACCCCUGAUGAAAAGAGUUAAAUUUGUGUUCAGUUAAUUGUCUGUUUUUAUUCUAGACUGCUAAACAUUGUAGUGUUUGAAAACAGCACAGAAUUUGCUAUAAAGUGGUUAGAACAGCAGUUACCAUGCGUAUAUUGACAUUCCGGGACCUGCUUCUGUGGUAUGUGUAAUCAAAUAACUGUUCAGAUCACCGGUACGAUGUGUUGCAGGCCGUACCUCUCUACCGUCCCUCACAGACACACAACAUGCCAAUCCCCAGCCACCGAAGAGAGUGGCUUGUUUGUAGUGUUGUCGUUAUUGUUGUGGUUGUUGGUACCUAAUUGCUUGAUGAAAGCUCAAUCAAAUGUCCUUCCUAAAAACAUAUCAUUCUAUUUGUGAGGAAACACAGUGUACAUGUUUUAAUGAUGCUGCGUGGAAACAUACCUUAUAACCAUUGCGUGGGUUUUUUUUUUACCCUGACUAGAUGAGUCCCAAAGGCCAUGACUGCCCACUGCAAGAUCCGUAAACUGUCUUUGUCUUUCAUUAUUCUGUGAACUUUUAUUUAAGCUGGGAACUGCUGAUAUAGGAAAAUAGCUAAUCUUCCAACUGAAGACCCUUACACACACAUUUACCAGUAGGCCUGUAGUUCUUCCACUAAUAUGCCCUGGCACUUCAGGCCCCGUAAGACCAAAAAGACACAGCCAAGAAGCAUCAGGGUUCACUACUGUCAUACUAAUUGUGAAUACAUGAUUUAAUAGAAACUUCCCAAAGCCCCGGAAAGGCAUGCAUUGAAGGUGCACAUGGUUUAGGUUUCCUCCCAAGUUUCAGAUUUCAACACUGACUUCUAUUCCCUUUGGCACUUAAUUUCAAUGAUUCUUAAUCCAUUUUCCUGUUAAAAGAGAGAAAGAGUUGCAGAAAGCGGAGCUCCUGUGUGCCUUCAUUCUACUCCGGCGCUGGAAAAGUGAAAUGCUUAAAUAUAUCGUAGAUUCUUAAAGAUGUACAUAAAAAAACAAACAACUUGAAUUAUAAGAAGAGACUGUUACGUUUUUUGUUUUGUUUUGUUUUGUUUUGUUUGGGGGGGGGUAGUUUGCUAAUUUCUUUUUACUUUUGGCCAUUCUGAUCCACUCUCACAAAUAUCUGAUUUGGGGGUAAAACUAGGCAGCUGAGGCUUCAAAUAACAUUCCAUACGAAGGGAGGAACUUUAAAUAAUGUUCGAAUAAUCAAGUGCUGCAGCCUUAUAUUUUAUGCGUGUCCAUCCUCUAAAUCCUUCUUCCUAGAAUAUUUUGUGAGAAUAUUUUCUUUGAAUUAUUUAUAUUGAUACUAUUUUGCUAUGAAUUACCUUUGUAUUUUAUUAUAUACAUCAAAAAAUUUGUGUGCAAUGUUAUCUUAAUGUCUGUUUUUUGUCUGCAUUUCUUGUCUUUGUUCUCUACUAUCGUUCGCUUCAUUUCAUUUUUAAGCUUUGAUUUUAAAAAACAGAUCUAUUUAGAAUGUGACUAAAGUGGCAUUUCAAACUAGCAAAGAAAGACUGACCAAUUUUAUAAAUGAUGUUGGGGAAUUUCGUGAACCAUCUGGAAAAAAUAAAGUUAGAUUUUUAUCUCACGCAAUAUAUAGAAAUAAAUUCCAGAUGGAUUAAAGAACUAAAUAUAAAAGUGAAAACUAUAAAAUAUUAGAAGAAAAUAGAGGAUGUGUCUUUAGCGUUUGGGGAAUGGGAAAGAUCUUCCAAAGCAGGACGUGAAACCCAGAAGCUCUGAGGGAAAAGAUGGACAGAUUUUCCUCCAUGAAGGUUUAAAAUUUCUGAAUGGCCAAAGAUGUCAGAAAUAUAUCACUAUUAUUCUCCUUUCUGGGGAAAGGUGUCAGUGCAGUUAUACAAGAGAAAUGAGAGUUAUGGAAGUUAGAAAGGAGUCAAAUUUAUCUUUUAAUUACAGAAGAUUGAAUCUUGACCAUUCAAAAAAAGCAUAUAAAACAUAAGAACUAUUAAGAAUAGUAACCUAGAAUCAUGACAAAAACCAGUGCUUUUCUAUAUAUAAACAAACAUUACAGAAGAUACAUAUUCGAAGGCGAGAUUUCCAUUGUGAUAUAAAUUAGAACCGUAGAAUACAUAGGAAUAGACUUAGUAAAUGUACAAGAUCCAUGUAAAGAAAACUUCAAAAUGAUUUUGAGGACCAUCAGUGGAUAAUUUAACAAACUGAAGGUUAUAUUUCUAUUGGGGAGUGGUUAGAUGCCUUGGUAUUUUAAAAAGUAUUAAUUUCUCCUAAAUCGAUCUAUAAAUUUAACACAAUCUUCACAAUGACAGCAAUAAGAUUUUAAUUUUAAAUGACUACCCAUGAUAAUUCUAAAGAUUUUAUGAUAAAAUAAGCAUGAAAGAAUACCUGGAAAAUAUUAAAAGUAAAGAAAAAAUGAGAAAGAGCUUUAAGUAUAUUUAAAUAUAUUACAGAGCUACAAUAACCAAGAGAAUUCAAUUCUGUCAGGCAGAAAAAUGGAAAAGAAUAAUGUAAAGAUAAACAUCAUGAUAAAUCAUGAGCAGGGGGUGAUAAAGUAUUAUAAGUGGCUUAAGGUUUUUAAAAUAUCAAAUUAAAUACAUACCUCAAUUUUUAUAUCCAAAACAUUUCCAGAUGGAUCAAAGAAUUAAACAUUCAAAGUCAAAGAAAAUGUAACUGCAAUGAUGAGAAUGUUUUCUAAUCAAGAUACAAAACCAGAAACCAUAGGCAAUUAAUAAAUUUCAACUUGUAAAAUUAAAAAGUUUUAGCAUCAUAAAAAUACCGUAAGUGAAUUCAAAAAAUGAACAAUGAACUGGGUAAAUACUCAUGUAACAAACAUAACAAAGCAUUAGUUUUCUUAAUGAGCAAACAGCUCUUACAAAUAAGAAAAAAAAUCCUUUGGAAAAAUAAAGAUAUAUGAUUCAAUGCAAAAGGAAUAGUCAAGGAAAUGCAAAUCAAACCACAAUGAAAUACCAUUUUUCAAAUGCAGACGAAACCACAAGAUACCAUUUUUCAAUUGUCAGGUUGGCAAAGAUUCAAAAAUGUUUUAGGAUUUUAGGAUGCUGCAUUAGAGGGGCUCAAGGGAAGCAGGAAUUCUUACUCAUUGCUAGUGAGGAUAUAAAUUGGAAGAUGAUUUGGCAGUAUCAGUCAGAAUUAAAAAUACAUUUGUCAUCUGACCCAGCAACUCAACUUCUAAGGAAGUAUCCUACAGAAGGAAGUAUCCUACAGACAAUGUGCACAAAAAUGCGUGGAUAAGACUGUUCAAAGCAGUAUUUUCUAUAGCAGCAGCAUGGUGUCCACCAUAGGGUCAUUAUUAAAUUAUGAAAUAUCCAUACUACAUAACAUGGUGUAGCUUUUUAAGGGAAUAAAGUAGAUCCAUAAGUGCUGAUAAGAAACAACCACUUUAAUAUUUUAUUAGGUAAAACAAAGGGAGCAAACCAUGAGGUUAGUAUAUCACUCUUUUUAUAAAUGUUAUUCAUACCUUUACAAGUGACUGGUAAACCUACAAAAUGAUCCCCAAGUUUCUGAUGAUCAUAGACAUUCCCACUUUUUCUGUUUUUUUUUUAUUUUAGGUUUUAUACUUUUCAUAGUUUGAAAGUCUUAAGUAUUCAUUACUUUAGUGAUUUUAAAAAUAAUUAUUAAUAAAAAGAAACCUCACCAACUUACAGAGCCUUCUGCCAUGUACAGACACUCUGAUAUCAUUUUGCAAAUAAAGCAAAAACACAUCAAUCAUUUUCGCCCAAGAAAAUAUAGACUUUGCCAUUAUAACUAAGAACAUCUUUAGACGCUUUAGGUGAAUCAACAGUUUAAACCAUGUCAGAUUCUGCUUGCCUUAUGAAACGUUAAACCUUGGGAAAUUAAAUAAUGCAUAGAUCUAUAAGACCACGGAGAAAUCAAACUGACCAAAAUGAUUCACUGGGUCUUGAUGAGUACCAUGGAGACUACUUUGCAAUGGCCAGUCUGAUACUUUCACACCCCCUUACAUUUACGAAGCCACCAAAACAAACAACAGAGGAAUUUCACAAUUGAAUUAUAGAGUCGAACUGAUUUUCCCAGGAGAGAGAGCGAGCUGAAGGAGCCCUGAAAGAAAAGUCAGAAAGAAUCUGUGCAUCUGUUACCAAGUCCGCAUUCGUAGUCCAUCUAACUUGUGUCUGUAAGCUUUUUAGAUUUUUGUCAAAUAUUUACUAAACUUACAGUUGAUUGUGUAAGUGAUCAAAUGGAUCAUAUGCAAAUCUGAUCACAUUAUUGAGGAAAACAAAAAUUCCUAAACCAACCAUAUGUCAGAUACGAUAUAGUCUUUGUAUCCAAGCUAAGAAUUUUGGGCAAGGAAACUUGAAUCUACAAGACAAAAUAUGUUUUCUCCGUGGAUGCUGUUGUUCAGCGUCUGCCAAGUGAAGAGCUGGAGAAUUCAGAUGGUUGUGGUUCUGGGAUCUUGGGGAUUGUUUCUACCUUCUGGCAAAGAAUGUUCUUCCUUAUUAUUCAAAGGUUCCCAUAUGACCUGAAUGACAGCUAACAGCUGGGUCAAAAGCUAUAAUUAUUUCAUCAGCUCUUGGUUUCAACUAACUUCUAUAACUUGUGGAGUUUUUUGGUAUCUCACUUCAACCUCUUUCCUGAACUCCAUACCUGGAUUUGCAUCUCCCCCAUCUGCUCUGCAAGCAUCUCACACUCAGUCUAUAUAGAAUACGUAUCGAACCACACCCCACUCCCAAUAGUCUCCCCUCCUGGUGUUCCAUGUAAUGGCUAGCAGCAUCACCAGCCACGCAGGCACCCACACUAAACUGGAGAUAUCCUUGACCCUCUGCUCUUCUUUCUUAUCCUUCCUGCCCAAGUAAUCCCUUCAUUCUUUCAGGUAGGCCGCUCAUAAUUUCUUUAAAUCUUUGACCUGCCCUCUCUUUUUCAACUGCUACUGUCCUCUUUUCGUGUCUCAUCAUUUCUUGCAUCAGUGGCUGUUGUCAUUUCCCAACUGGCCCUUCAAUCUCCUGAUUAAUCCCCCAUAAAUAUUCCAAACUGCAUUCAGAGCUGUUCCAAAAUGCGCAAUGGAUCAUGUGUCUCUUCUAUUUAAAAUGAUGAUGUCUCAUUGCCAACAGGAUCAAGCAUAAGGUCCCAGGAAUUCAUUGAAGACCUUUCACAACCUGGCCCUAACUUGACUUUUCAACUUUUUCCCAUCACUGUGCACACACGCAGCCACACACACACACACACACACCCCUCUUCCACCAUAACAUAGUACUCAUGCUCCCCUAAACUUGUCAUUAUCUUUUACAGAACAAUGUAAAGUUUGCAUAAUUUGCUAUUUCUUUUUUCAGCGAUGCCCUUCAUUGCUACCACUCUAUUAGUGAUUCUUUGUCUAUUCAGCCCUCACCUCUCUUGAGUGGCCCAUUUUGCCAUCCAGAGUUAAUGGCUAAGGGGAGGAAGAAAAAUACCAUCAGCCAAGAUUGUUCUGCACCCUAUGGGAACCCUAGGAGAGUGAGCACAGGUAUUGACUGAGAUUAGAGAAUGCUCUAGUCUCAGGUCUCUGAUUUCUAGGGUUUCCUUUAAAGAAACAAUGCUAUGUAGAACUGAGGGAUUCGUCACUUAUCAUGGUCCCAGACUAGAGGCUACAGGAGAAGCAGCGGGUCAGUGAUUCUCAGAAGUUUUCCUCUCUUUUUCUCAAGUCUUUUCAGCUUCCAGAACUGAGCGACUAUCCUCCCUUACUGUGUAUUCAUAGCACUUUGUACUUGUCUCUGUCCCAGUGUUUAUCAUAAUAUAUGUAAUGAUUCGUUUAUGUGUCUGUCUCUCCCAUGCCUAUGAGCUGUUUGAGGGCAUAGGCCAUGUCUUAUAUUCUAUCAUAAAACCACACAGCUCCAGACAUACAGAAAUGUUGUCUGUUCCCAAAAAACAAGUUUUAAACUGUCUUGUGGACUUUGUACUUGCUGGUGCUUCCAGCAACCCUCACCCUGGCUCUUUCUUUUUAUUAGGAUUCCAGCUUAAAUGCAAGGUCCUCAGAAAGCCCAUCACUUUUUGCCUUCCCCAAUGAUCUCCAGCACAUCAAUCUUUAUUUUUUUUCCUAGCAUUUUUCACUAGGCUAAAUUAUCUUUACUUCAUAAGUUUAUUUACUAUCUAUCCUACCUAUAAUGAAAAUAUAAAGGUCAAGUGUAUCUGUCUUGUUCACCUCUGUCCCAGUGGCUACCACAUAGUAGCUGCUCAGAAAUAACUUUUGAGUGCAUUAUUUUUUUGUGCUUAUUUAUACCUUUAAUUCUUUUACGAAACUAAUAUCAUACUUUUUACGUAUAUAUUCUACUUUGUUCAUUUAUUACCAUUUCCUGAGCUUUUUGUAAAGUUAACUAUUCUUUGAGAACAUAAUGCUUACCUACUCUUCUCUGUGAACGUAGAAAAAAACCUAAUCACCCGGGGCACCUGGGUGUCUCAGUCAGUCAAGCAUCUGCCUUUGACUCAGGUCAUGAUCCCAAGGUCCUGAGAUCGAGCUCUGCCUGGGGCUUC